AUGGGUGUUCUUUCGCAGUGCAGAUCAAUUCAUGUUGGGCGGGAUCAUGAUCAUUUGAAGUGGUCCAAGAAACUUGCCCCAGUCCUGACGGUUUCCUCUGGCGACGUCGUCACGUUUGAUACGGUCGAUAGCAGCAAUGAUCAGAUCACCCUUGAUUCAGAUGCGUCGACUAUCAGGUCGCUAGACCUAGGUCUUGCCAACCCGGUCUUUGGGCCUGUCUUUGUUCGGGAUGCCUGCCCAGGUGACGUGCUCAAGGUCGAGGUUCUGGAUUUGGAGGUCGCCGACUGGGGAUGGACCGCCAUCAUCCCGGGCUUCGGAUUACUGGCAGAUGAGUUUCCCGAUCCAGACCUGAAGAUCUGGCAACUCGACAAGGGCAACGGGUACGCUCGGCUGAAUGGCGCCGUGCGAGUCCCGCUACGACCGUUCCUCGGGUGCAUGGGGUUGGCCCCGGCCACGGAAGAAGACCUGUCCACCAUCCCCCCAACAAAUGCCGGAGGCAACCUGGACUGCUGCGAGCUCAGUGUCGGUUCCACCGUCUUCCUGCCCGUCCAGACCCACGGCGCCCUAUUCAGCUGUGGCGAUGGCCAUGCCGCACAGGGCCACGGAGAAGUGUGUGGCACGGCCAUCGAGACGUCGGUCAAGGCGACCCUUCGCUUCGAACUGUGCAAAGAUCAGCCGUGGGUGACUUCCCCGCACUUUCAGAUCCCACCAGCGAGCCAGCUGGGGGUGACUAUUCUCCCAGACCGCGGCCGCUACGCUGCCACGGGGAUCGACCCCGAUCUUCUCGAGGCCGCCAGGAAGGCGGUCCGUAAUACCAUCCAGUGGCUAGUCGUUGCCAAGGGUCUCACUCGCAACGAAGCAUACAUGCUAGCUAGCGUAGCCGGCGAUCUUCAGAUUGUCCAGGCCGUGAAUAUGCCGAACUUUGAGGUCGCAAUGAGCUUGCCUCUUGGGGUGUUUUCGCUCUGA